AUGUCGAGAAAUCUGUCGACAUUUCCUCUUGUUGAAGUUUUGUCUUCCCAAAAUACUCAAGUGUUUGACGUAAUAGAUAGAAUUCAAUUAGUUAUUCGUGACGAGUAUGAUCAAAUUACGCUUAAUGCAAAAACUUCUCUUGGCCUAAUUUCGUCACCUGAUAUACCGGGUAUCCCAAAAGAGGGAAAUGAUUAUUCAAAGUUGUUGGCUUAUUCAUUAUAUUUUUAUGAAGCUCAAAGAAGUGGAAUCUUACCUCAAAACAAUCGUGUAUCAUGGAGACAUAAUUCCGCUCUUGAUGACGGGAAAGAUAGAGCCGUGAACUUAUCUGGAGUAAGUGAUUACGUAAAGUUUACUUUACCAUUGUCAUGGGUACUGUCUCUCAUUUCAUGGGGUGCAAUCGAAUGGUUUGAGGGGUAUCGGCUAUCAAACCAGACUGAUUAUCUUCAUGAUAUGGUUAAAUGGGGAACAGAUUGGUUAAUAGCCGCCCAUUCUAAACCUGAUCAACUUUUCAUCCAAGUUGGUUCAAGUCAAAUUGAUAAUGCUUAUUGGGGUCCUGAUACUAGUAUUCCAUAUCCACGUCCCGCCUAUGACAUUAAUGCAACAGCACAUGGCACUGAUGUCGCAGCAGAUGCGGCUGCUGCCUUUGCUUCUUCGGCAAUUUUAUUUCGAGAUUUUUUUGAUGAUCCUGAUUAUGCAGAGAUAUUAAUAACUCAUGCUAUAAGCGUUUAUAAUUUUGCUGAAAAUGCAACUCUAAAAGUUGCUUCCACUGGAUCCUCCACUGCAUCCUAUGGAUAUAGUUCUUCAUCAUAUAAUGACAAAUUAGUAUAUGGUGCUCUUUGGUUAUACCGUGCUACUUCUAAAGUUCAAUAUUUAGAUAAAGCGAUAAAUUAUUAUAACCAAUUCCAAAUGCAUGAUAGUUCAAGAGUUUUUUCAUGGGAUGAUCAAACAGGUGUUUGCAAUAUUUUACUUGCACAAAUAUUCCAUUAUCAAUCAAAUGCAAAUACCACUCUUUGGAGGGGUGAAGCUGAACGUUACUUGGACAGAAUAAUGAUGACAAAUCAAAGUAACUGUAGUUUAACACAUGGUGGACUUUUAUGGUGUAAUGGUGAUAGUCAAUCAGGAUCAUUACCUAUUGCUCUUUAUAGUGUCUUUGGAUUUCUUAUGUAUUCUACUUACGCAUCUACUACUGAAAAAUCUAAUGCAUAUAAAAAUUUUUCCGCUUCACAAAUUGAUUAUUUAUUCGGUGCUAAUCCUAUGAAUAUAUUUUAUAUUGUCUCUGUUCAUCCAAAUUCUCCUAAAAAUCCUCAUCACGCUGGUGCACAUGGGGGUACAAAUGUUGCAAACUUGAGUGAUCCAAUAAAUACUAGGCAUCCUUUAUAUGGUGCUGUUGUAGGUGGUCCGAAUAUUAAUGAUUCAUAUCUUGAUUUAAGAUCAGAUGUUAUCCAAUCUGAGGUUGCGCUUGAUUAUAAUGCCGCAUUUCAAGGAAUAAUGGCGUAUUACGUUAUCAACACAUACGUCCCUCCAUCAACUUCACCAUCACCAAAUCCAGAACCAACCAGUCCAUUUUCAAUUCCUAUUUCAAAACUAUCUAAUUCUCAAAAACUUAUAAUUAUAACUAUUAGUUGUGGUGUUUUCCUUUUAUUAUUAAUUUCAAGUAUAAUAAUAUACAAAUAUCGGCAUAAAAUAUUUAAAUCUUAUAUAAAUAAUCGAAAAAAAUCAAAAGAUCUUGAGGGAAAUAAUCGAGCAAUAAAAUCAUUAGAUGCUGAAAAAGGUUCUGAACCAAAAGAUCCUGAUGAAAAUAAUCAAGCCACAAAUGUUGAACCAAAAGAUCCUGAUGAAAAUAAUCAAGCUAUAAAUUCAGUAGAUGUUAAACCAAAAGAUCCUGAUGAAAAUAAUCAAGCCACAAAUUUAGUAGAUGUUGAGCCAAAAGAUCCUGAUGAAAAUAAUCAAGCCACAAAUUCAGUAGAUGUUAAACCAAAAGAUCCUGAUGAAAAUAAUCAAGUUAUAAAUUCAGUAGAUGUUGAACCAAAAGAUCCUGAUGGAAAUAACCAAGCUACAAAUUUAGUAGAUGUUGAACCAAAAGAUCCUGAUGAAAAUAAUCAAGUUACAAAUUUAGUAGAUAUUGAACCAAAAGAAAAUAAUCAAGCUACAAAUUUAGUAGAUGUUGAACCAAAAGAUUCUGAUGAAAACAAUCAAGCCACAAAUGCAGUAGGUGUUGAAAAAGGUUCUGAGCAAAAAGAUCCUGAUGAAAACAAUCAAGCCACAAAAUCAAUAGAUUUUGAAAAAGGUUCUGAACAAAAAGUUCUUGAUGAAAACAAUCAAGCCACAAAAUCAGUAGUUUUCGAAAAAGAUUCCGAAAGCACGGUCGAAAGUACCGAAAACACGGAAAAUACAUUACAAAAUGAUGAACCAGAACAUAAUCUUUCAAGUAAUACUGAAGCGGAACUUUCUUAA